AGUCCAGCGCAGACGAAUAUCAGCGUCCACCUCGCUUUUUUUAUUACUUUUGCCUAGUGUAUUGAUACAGCUCUUCCAAACUUUCCAGCGCCAAGCAACGAUGGGCCCCAAACCGGUCAUUCUCGAUCACGACGGUGGUCACGACGACUUGGUCGCCCUGGCGCUGCUGUUGGGCAACCCGGAAACCGUCAAGGUGAUUGGCUGCGUCGUGACGGACGCUGACUGCUACGUGGAGCAGGGCUUCAACGUCUCUGGCAAGGUCAUGGCGUUGAUGCACGCGCAGGAGGAGACGCCGCUGUUCCCCAUUGGCAAGACGUCCUUCAAAGGCGUCAACCCCUUCCCGCCUGAGUGGCGCUGGAACGCAAAGAACAUGGAGGAUCUGCCGUGCGUGAACAUCCCGGCGCACCAAGCCAUCUGGGACACCGUGCGCCGCGACAACGACGCCCUGGUCGGCGAGGAGCUGAUGUGGCGAAGCUGGUGGAGUCGCCGGAGAAGGUGA